AUGGGGGGUGGUGGUGGAGACACCAAGACGAGAGAGCUCGAUCAGACGCCGACGUGGGCUGUGGCCUCCGUCUGCGCCGUCAUCAUCGUCAUCUCCAUCAUUCUCGAGAAGGUUCUUCACUUGGUCGGAGAAUGGUUUCAAGAAAGAAAAAAGAAAGCUUUGUUUGAAGCUCUUCAGAAAGUGAAAGGGGAGCUUAUGGUUCUGGGGUUCAUUUCUCUGUUAAUGACUUUUGGGCAAAACUACAUUGUUAGAAUCUGUAUUCCCAUGAAGAUUGCAGACACAAUGUUGCCUUGCCCUUUGACUGGAAGUGAUCACAAUUACGAAUCAGGACAUGAGACAGAAGUCACUGGUGGGGAUCAUGAACAUCAUCGCAAGCUUUUGUGGUAUGAGCGUAGAUUUUUAGCUGCCGGUAGCGUAGGCGCCGACUGUAAACUGGGGCAUGUGCCACUCAUAUCUCUAAAUGGGCUACAUCAAUUGCACAUCUUCAUAUUCUUUUUAGCUCUGUUUCAUGUUAUUUACAGUGCCAUGACCAUGACGCUUGGAAGAUUAAAGAUUCGUGGCUGGAAAGUGUGGGAACGAGAAACGGCCCACCAUCAGGAAUUCAUGAACGAUCCUUCAAAAUUCAGGCUUACUCACGAGACAUCUUUUGUAAAAGAUCAUACAAGAUUCUGGACCAAAACACCAGUCACCUUCUAUGGUGUCUGUUUUCUUCGGCAAUUCUUUAGGUCUGUUACAAAGGCUGAUUACUUGACUAUGCGACAUGGAUUUGUCACUGUUCAUUUAGCCCCUGGAAGUAAAUUUGAUUUUCAGAAGUAUAUCAAAAGGUCAUUGGAAGAUGACUUUAAGGUGGUUGUGGGAAUCAGUCCACUAUUAUGGACUUCAAUGGUGUUCUUUCUGCUUCUCAACGUUCACGGAUGGCAGGCUAUGUUUUGGCUGUCCAUACUACCUUUAGUUGUGACCUUAGCUGUGGGAACAAAGCUUCAAGGAAUUAUAACGCAAAUGGCACUUGAAAUUCAGGAACGACAUGCUGUAGUUCAAGGGAUACCUCUGGUGCAAGUCUCAGAUCGACAUUUUUGGUUUAGUUGGCCCCAAUUAAUUCUUCAUUUCAUCCAUUUCGUUCUCUUCCAGAACGCGUUCGAGAUAACAUAUUUCUUUUGGAUAUGGUACGAGUUCGGAUUAAGGUCUUGCUUUCACGAGGAUUUUAAUCUCAUAAUAUUGAGAGUUGCCCUUGGGUUUGGAGUCCAAUUUGUGUGCAGCUACGUCACACUACCGUUAUAUGCACUGGUCACACAGAUGGGAUCGACGAUGAAGAAGUCGAUAUUCGACGAGCAAACGUCAAAGGCACUGAAGAAGUGGCACAAAAAUGCAGUUAAGAAGAAGGAUGAGAAGGUCCCAACAAGGGUAUUGGGAGGAAGUCCCGGGGAGUCGCCGGUGCACUCCCCAACACAUCCACAGGGACGUUCUCAGCCUCCGGCAGCCAACAUCAUGGCCAGUGUGGAUGUUGAACUUCAUCCCCCUAAUUCUAGUCACAACUACGGCCAUCCUGACCUACUUUAG